AUGGCUCAAGAAGCACAACAUUACCUGCCUCGCGUACCUGCCUCACCUAACCAUGCCUUUCUUUUUCUAUCCACCUACCUACCUUACACAAACGCAUCUGACUUCGUCCUCUUCAACCUCUAUGAGAAUAUUCCAACAAAAUCAAUGAACGGGGAGAAAGCACAUCCAGCUAAACUACCCAACGUGGCAUCCAACAGUCGCAGCAGCAUCGAAGCCAACACCAAGAACGACCAGGAGAGAUUCGAUGGCACUCUACCUCCCCACCGCAAGAACAGAAAGCUUCUCAUGAGACCAGGAACCAAGUCGAAGCUCAACAAGCCUGACUCUGCCAACUUCCACUGGCCGCCCCCGAAGGAUCCCCGACGGAGUCUCCCGUCGAGUCAUCAUGGAGAAGUGUUCCUUUCGUUCGCGGGGCGGAUCGACUGCCGCGGAGCUGUGAAAGACCUCGAAGGAUCCAUCUACCCAGCACGAGGAGGCCCACGCGAGCUGAGUGUCAAGCCAGAAAGAGGCAGGUACCUGGCUUUCCAGGCUGCUGUCGGACACAGCACUGCCAAUAUACAUGCGUUCGCCGGCGCCUUGGCAACACCCCGACCACAACUCAAGCUUCCUGUUCCAUCACCAUCCACCACAACCGUUGCUACAGUAGCACCAGUGCCUCCCGUCCUGCCCGCGUCGGCCACAGCCUCUGCUGACCAAUUCCGCCUCGGCAUGAUGGAAAGACUCUUGGCUUUUCUCCAGAACGAGAUGAAGGCUAUAACUGAUGGCGAUCGCAUGCGCAUGUCGGAAGAUUUCUUCCUCAAUGAGAUCCACAUCAGAUGGGAGAGAUAG